AUGUCCAGGCAGCUGUUGAGCCCUGAAUAUCAGGAAGUGUGGUACACUCCAGAUGGAAGACGCAGGUCCUCCUCCCCUGUCAACAUGAAUCACUGCUUGUACCAUGGAGAGGUUUUGGGUGUUGAAGGUUCCAGUGUCGUGGUCAGUACUUGCUCAGGUCUCAGGGGAAUCAUUUCUCUAAACACAAGCGUCAGCUACCUCAUUGAGCCCGUCUCCACGGAUACGCCUCAGCACGCUGUUUUCCGAGCAGAGAGCCUCACUCUACCUCCAAGUAACUGCCUGCAGCAUCGCAACAUCAAGGGCCAGCUUGAAAACUUCCUCCAUGGAAUGACAUCACAACAGAGGUUCAGGGAAAGAAGAGACCUGAGUCGGAAUAUGAAAUAUGUGGAACUGUUGCUGGUAGCAGACAAAGCUGCGUUUGACAAGAAUGGGAGUAGUCUCGAGAAGACCAAACUGAAAUUACUGGAAGCUGCCAAUUUGGUGGACAAGUACUACAAGGCUUUGCGUAUCCGUGUGGCCCUGAUUGGCCUGGAGGUGUGGACCAGCCAGGACAUGAUCGCCGUGUCCGACAAUCCUCACAGCACGCUGGCGGCGUUCCUGUCCUGGAGACGCAAGCAGCUCAACGCGCUCCCCAACGACAACGCUCAGCUCAUCACGGGAAGCUCCUUCCAGGGUACCACCAUCGGACUGGCACCCCUCAGAGCCAUGUGCUCAGAAUACCAAUCUGGUGGAGUAAACACAGACCACUCGGAGUCAGCUGUUGGUGUCGCUGCCACCAUGGCGCACGAAAUAGGCCAUAACUUUGGAAUGAGUCAUGACAGCGUUGGAUGCUGCCAGGCCAAAGAUGAGGACGGGGGUUGCAUCAUGGCAGCUGCUACUGGACACCCUUUCCCACGCGUGUUUAACGCUUGUAACAUGCGGGAGCUGAAUAGCUACCUGAGCUCAGGAGGAGGCAAGUGUCUGUUCAACGUACCUAACACCAGAUCCAUGUACGGAGGGCAGCGCUGUGGCAACGGCUACCUGGAGGAUGGCGAGGAAUGUGACUGUGGCGAGGAGGAGGAGUGUACCAGUCCCUGCUGUAACGCAAACAACUGCACUUUAAAAGCCGGAGCCGAGUGCGCUCAUGGCGUCUGCUGCCAUGACUGCAAGCUGAAGAGUCCCGGGGUGCUGUGUCGUGCCACAUCUGGUCAGUGUGACCUGCCAGAGUACUGUGACGGAAAGGCGGAGUCUUGUCCUGCAAACUUUUAUUUGGUGGACGGGACGUCGUGUGCAGACGGGAAGGCUUACUGCUACACUGGCAUGUGUCUCACACUGGAGCAACAGUGCCGCUCGCUGUGGGGACGAGAUGGCCGUCCAGCUCCUGACGUGUGUUUUAAGAAGGUCAACGAGGCAGGAGACAUGUAUGGGAACUGUGGCAAAGAUCUCUUUGGGAAGUACAGGAGCUGUAAGGACAUAGACGCCAAAUGCGGGAAGAUCCAAUGUUUGUCCUCAGCAUCCAAGCCGAUAGAGAGCAAUGCGGUGCGCAUUGAGACCACCGUGAGUGUGGGCAACAAGAGGGUGCAUUGCAUGGGGACACACGUCUACAAGCCUGGUCAGAGAGACGAGGAGGCGCAGGGAGACACUUUGGACCCCGGCCUCGUCAUGACGGGAACUAAAUGUGGCGACGACUCGAUUUGCUUCAAUGGAGAAUGCCGUAACGCAUCUUUCCUCAGGGCUGAUGACUGCAAUGCUAAAUGCAACGGACACGGGCUGUGUAACAACAACCACAACUGCCACUGUGAGAGUGGCUGGGCUCCUCCUCUGUGUGUCCAGAGGGGGGCGGGAGGUAGUGUGGACAGUGGACCUGUCAACGGUCACAGCAAUCUUCUUCUCAUCCUGCUGGUCCUUCCUCUGGUUAUUUUCCCUCUGCUGGCUGUUGGACUGUGGUGCUGCCACAAACAUAAACUGCAUCCCCUUAAGAGCUCAUCGCCAGCACCUGUACCAAGUUGUUCUGUGCCUGUGGAAGCCAAGCCUCUGCACCCCGACGUCCAUGUGAACGGUCACGCCAACCCCACAUUCCUGUUGAAGAAGCAAGACUCAGGCCGGCAGGCCUAUCCAAUGCGCUCCAAACACGCUGUCACGCGUCCUGCGUUGAAACCACCACCUGUACCGCUUCAUAAGCGAAACCCUCCCGCACCCCCAGGACCUGCACCUGCUUCACCUUCUGAACCCCGACCAGAACCACCUAACAGACCUCCACCGCCUUGUCCUGUCAGUAGACCAUCAGUGCAACCAAGCGGCCAAACGGUCACCCUUAAUGCAUUGCUGAGGGGGAAAGCUGCUUUGGCGCCCUCUGCUGGACAUACAAAUGCAAACAGGUGAUUUAGACAAAAUAUCUUGAAUCUCAGGAAGAUGUCGGGGACCAAGUCAUCACUUAAAAAAAAAACAUACUUUACUUGACACUCGACCUGUGGACUGCAUUUGAUUUACACAGCAGCUCAGAGAGGAAAAUGUGAAUUCUUUGAAAAUCUGGAGUAUUUAUUCCCAAAACAACAUGAAUGUUUACAGUAACUAAUAAACAUGGUGCUUCUGGAAGAAAGAGCAUCAGCUGUAAAUGAAUAUCUUAUAUUAAGAAAAUAAGGCUGAAGUGCUUAUUAUGCUUCUUAUUUGGUGGGAUUAGAACUGGACCUACCUGUAGUUAGUUAGGUGGCAGAAAUGUAGCAAAUCUUUUUAUUUAUUUUUUUUUAAGUGGCUUUUUUACAUCUUAAUUUCAAAGUAAUCAAUUAGUAUAUUUCUAAUAAAUACAAUUCCUAUUACAUUGUCAUAUAUGUAAACGCUUAUUGAAUGGAUGAUUUUAAAAAAUACAUGUUGCUUUUUUUUAAUUCAUUUGUACAAUAGCAUUGAUCGUAGGCAACAACGUGAAAGCUUUGUCAUAAUUCAAGGUACUAUUAAAACUUUGGGAAGUAAUUGGUGUUGUAUCGUAAGUAAUAUGAAAAUAUUGAUGCUGCCAAAUGUCAUCUUUCUCCAAAUAACUUCUAUGCAAACUCAGGCUCGGUCACUUCACUUUUUUUUUUUUUCCUGAAAUUCAAUAAAACAGAUCAUGUUAUGCUUUUCAACCUCUUUGGCUUUGUUUACACACACAAUUGACUUUAGCCUCUUAAGAGUUUCCACAAAAA